AUGCCUUUGACGCUGAGCAAGAUGGCGGUCUCAACGAACAUCUUGUCGCUUCCCUUUAGGCGAUCGCAAAAUGUCUCUCUUUCCAGCGCCAUCAAGCAGUACAUCUCGACGAAGUACGAUCAGCACCCAGAUGUCUUUGCCGCGGACCUCGAAGCCAUAGACCAGUUACGCUCUGAUGCUAUCCAUGCCGUUGAACCACACAGUUCGGGCAUCAAGAAGCUACAGGCCUAUGCUGCGCAGCUUAUCUGGCUGGGGGCGAAGUUCCCCAUAGAUAUUGGUGUAGAAUUCCCAUGGUAUCCCGCGCUUUCCUACGAUACUUCGAGGCCUCUGUCACAAGACAAUCUGCGGUAUGAGCUGGCCAACGUUGUGUGGAACCUGGCAGCCAUGUACUCCCAGCUGGCAGUCUCCGCGAACCGUAGCACUCAGGAUGGACUGAAGACGGCAGCAAACUAUUUUUGCCUUGCUGCAGGGACGUUGAAUUUUCUGCGGACAGAGAUAAUUCCGGACAUGCGAUCUACUCCUCCGGAUGACAUGGACAUUAUGACGCUGGAGUCGAUGGAGCAGCUCAUGCUGGCGCAGGCGCAGGAAUGCUUUUGGCAAAAGGCAGUCAAGGACGGAAUGAAGGAUGCAAUCAUUGCAAAGCUGGCUGCCCGAGUGUCAGAUCUGUACGCCGAGGCGGGAGACUACGGCGUGCAGACAAAUGCGGUCCAGACCGAAUGGAUACACCACAUGACAGCGAAACACCAUCAUUUUGCUGCGGCUGCGCAGUACAGAGCCGCACUCGACUGUUUGGAAAAAAGAAAAUAUGGCGAAGAGGUGGCCAGGCUGCGGGACAGUCUAACUUGUGCGACUGAAGCACUCAAAGAAGCGAGGUACAUCAACAAGACUGUGCUUAGUGAUCUUCAAGGGUUGAAAAACAGAGUGCAGGAAGACUUUAAACGUGCUGAAAAAGACAAUGACAUGAUUUAUUUGAUCCCAGAGCCGCCAAAGUCGGAGCUGAAAACGCUGGAUAGGGCCAACAUGGUCACGUCCAAGGUUCCGCCCCAGAUCAAGGAUCCAAUGGCACAUCUCGGGGACAACGCGGAGCUAGGAAAGCCGUUGUUCACCAAGCUCGUACCGUACGCUGUACACGUCGCUGCAAGUAUUUACGAAGAUCGACGCGAUCGACUCGUGAAUGUGAGCAUCAUCGACGAGCUAGAAGCACUAAACACAAAGAUGCACGACGUGCUGAGAUCUCUGAAACUACCAGGCUCGCUACAAGCUUUAGAGAAACCACUCGGACUUCCACCUGGGUUAGUUUCACACGCCGAGGAGAUUCGACAGCAGGAUGGCCCUAAUAGAUUGACCAAGACUGUUUACGACACCGAGAAGAUCAAACAAAAUGACCGGACGAUCUACGAGGAAGGCGUUGAGCUCCUCCGCGCCGAAGAGGCAGACGAUGAUAGGGCACGCAAAAAGUACGGCACAGACCGCUGGCCUCGACCUCCCGCACCGGAGGCGGCACCUAAGCUGUAUGCUCAGAUCAAGAGCAUUGACGAUUAUCUGAAGCAAGCUGCAAACAGUGAUGAACAAGUCUCCAAAAAGCUUCGGGACAAUGACCUGCUCAUUCGGCUUCUUGCUGGCUCGGACCGUGACCUGGAGAACUACGUUCCUUCGAGCAGACGCGCUAAUCUCACACCCGCCGUCGAACAAGCGGCUAGCAAACUUCGAGCCUGUCUUAAUGACAUCAGCCGACUUGAGAGCAGGAGACGCAAGAAAGUUGAGGCCUUGAAGAACAAAUGCAGACAGGACGACAUCAACGCAGACCUCAUUCGCGAAGCAAGUCGCCUAGAGCGCGAAUUCCCAAUGCAGAAAAUUGAGGCAGCACAAUUCGAGCCGUUCUUUGAGCGUCGUCUUGAGGAGAGGUAUGAUGGCGACAAGGAAGCUGUCGCAAUCGAGGCAAAGGAGCAGGAUCAGCUGCUGAAGAAGCUGCAAGAUGCCAAUUCGGUAUUUGUUGCAGCGCGGAAAGGAGACACGACAACGCGGGAGAGAGAACAAGCGUUGCAGCGGCUGGAGAAUGCGUACUUUAAGUACAAAGAGAUUAUAAGCAACUUGGAGGCUGGUAGGAAGUUUUAUAAUGACCUUGCGAAGAUGGUAACGAGAUUUCGGGAUGAUUGCAAGACAUUUGCGUACCAGCGUCGGAGCGAAGCGGCACAGUUCGAGGCCGACCUUUCGACGGAAAUGGCGUCCAUGUCCCUAGGAAAAGCAGCGUCUCUGCAGCAGGAAAAGGCGGCGCAAGCCCAACGACCAAUGUACAACGUUGGGCCCACACAUGCUCAAGAACCGCUAGUGGCACCGCAGCCUCAAAGGGCCCCGGCAGCUGGUGUAUGGACUCCUGACAUACCCAUCACAUUUGCACCUCCUUCUGGAGCUGGCGGAUCACCUGCGCAAUCGUCGCAGAAGCCGAAGGCCGACGGGCGUUGGGACCCCAAAUCUGGCAUUAGAUUUGGAUAG